AUGGCGUCCACCGGCCAGGAGACGACCCUUCUGGGCGUGUUCGACGGCGAGCUGGACAACUCGAAGCAUCGCUCGUCCUUCCUGACCAACAAGGCGGGAGGCCUCCCGGACGCCACGCCGGGCCUCCCCCGCGCGUCUCCCCGCUGCGGCCGCUGCUCGGCCCCGCUUGUCCACGUGGUGCAGGUGUACUGCCCUCUGGGGGGCUCGCCCUACCACCGGACCCUCCAGCUCUUCGCCUGCGCGGCCGCCGACUGCGGCGGCCGGCCGGAGAGCUGGGCGGCGCUGCGUUCUCAGAGGCUGGAGGCGGAAGGGGGAGCGGCGAAGGAGGCUCCUCUGUCGGCUAGUGACUGGUGCGCCUCCGCCGGUGACUGGGGCGCGAUGGAGGAAGAGGAAGACGUAGCGGAGCCAGUCCCGGAGGAAGAAAAAGAGGACGCUGGCCGCCCGGACGACCUCGCUCUGGCGGAGCCCGGACCAGACGUUCCCGUCCUGCGAGCGUUCUUCAUCGGCGUGCUGGACGAGCGGGACGUCGAGGCCGAGACCGAGGAGGAGGAGCAGCGGUCGCACGCCGACAAGCUGCUGAGGGACUACGAGAGGCGGGAGGGAGCGCUCGCCGAGGUCGCCGCGGUCGGCGAGACCUACGAAAAGAGCGGCGCGCGUCACGGGGACCGGGCCUUCUCCAGCUUCCGGAAGAGGAUCUCGGCGUGCCCGCGACAGAUCCUGCGCUACCGCCGCGGCGGGCGACCGCUCCUGAUGUCGGCCCACGAGGCGCCGCCGCCGCCGCCCUGCGAAGCCUGCGGCGGCCCGCGGACCUUCGAGCUGCAGCUCAUGCCGGCGCUCGUCGGUCUGCUGAGUUGGACCGGCGGGACCGAGACCGGGUCGCCGCCCGAGUUCGGCACGGUGCUGGUCUACACCUGCGGCGCCAGCUGCUGGACGUCUUCGCGGCGGCGACCCGUCGGCGAGUUCUGCCGGGUCCACAUGGACCCGGACCAGGAACUCUUCAAAUGAAGCGUCGGCAGGAAACAACCGAGCAACUCGAAAAAGGAGGAGACGGGAGGACAAGACGUUAGGUACGCUGGCGUUUUGCAUCUUGGCGGCUUCUGUGGACAGCAAAUAUUGUUGCGUUUUCUUCACGACAAUAUUUUCCAGGGCAUUUUUACUGUGAACGUUUUUUUUU